UAAAGCGCCGUGUUGCAACAUAGUAGACAUUCAUCUCUACUAUCACAACAACAGAUAACUGCUGAGAAACAUGGAGAAACGGCACGAGCGAUUUUGACGAAGGGGAACAAAAUGGCGCAAACCUGCCAGAAGAUGAAGCGACAACACACAGACGCAAAUCUGUCACCGACAAAUACGCGGAGUCUGUUGGUUUUUGACGAGGAGUACCAGAAUACGUGAGGGUUUUUUUUUUCUUUAGUCGUGACCGCUCGCCGUCCGUGUAACCCGAUAAGGAAGAAGUUAAAAAUGGCUACGGCGGUUUCUGAGAAGAGCUCGGAGCGGGCGGCGGUGGAGAGGUUCGGCAGCGGAGGGAUGGCGCUCCUUCCCUGGACUAAACAGAUGCUGACCGUGCUGUGGGAACAGCUUCGGCUGCUGGUUCAGGUCAUUUACUACACNNCUGCUCCAGUUUUUCAGAUGUUCAGGUUUGAGGUUCACGUGAGGAUCACAGACGAGACCGGGGAGCACAUCCAGCACAUGAGCACAGCUUCAAACCCGUCCGAAUCCUUCCUGUUCUCCUCCCUGUUCGACGGAGAAAACGGGGUCGUGGUGGGCGGUUCGAAUCCCCUCUCCAACUUCUGCGCGGACGUCGGCGACCCCUUCUCCGGGAAGUCCACGGCCGAGGCCCUGCUGUCCAGCCUGCGCGCCGACGAUCUCUGCUGCGGGCUCGUGGACGACUUCGUGUCCAGAACCGCUGGCAAAGACGACGGCAUCCUGCUGAACCAGUCGACCUGGAAGGUGGGCUUCCCGGGCGACUGGAACUUCUUCGUGUCGAGCAGCGAUAGCUCGAGUUCGAACGACGCCUGCCAGAAGAGCAGCGAGACCAUCUUCAAAUCCAAUUCAACCGGUCAGAAAGUUUCCAAACCGGAGAGGUCGGAGGAGGAGAGAAGCUCUCACUGGAGCAGCGAGGAAGAGCAGAACGUAGUGGAGUUUGAAAGUGAAGAAAGCAAGGCACUUUGGGAGUCUCUUUCUAAAUCCAGUGACCCAUACAACCCUUUCUUCUUCUCUGCCUGCAUUUCAACCAACAACAUGGGGAAAAGCAAAAGUGAAGUGAAAGACAGCAGCGACUCCGACCUCAUGUCUGUGACCAAAGCCUGUGAGAAGAUGCUGGGGCCUCCGAGGCUGAACAUGUGGGUGUGUCGCUCCGACAGCGAGAGCAGCUGGAGCAGCUGGGCCGGUUCAGACGGCUCAAGCCCCGACGUCGACAAAGAGGAGAACGACAGGCUCUGGGACUUCUUCAGCAGCCCUGAAGACCCCUACAACCCCCUGUGCUUCACCGCCAGCACCGCAAACACUCAGACUCCUCAAAGCACCUCCAAACAACAAGCCUCGCUCCCUGCACCUCCCCCCAAACCUGACACCGAGGAGAAGGACAGCAGCUUCGCCCCGUCGGAGGACGACGACGAGGAGGAGAUGCUGUGGAAAUGUCUCAGCCCUAAAGACGACCCGUACCACCCACUGAAUUUCAAGGCCUGCCUCCAGAGCUCCCCCACUACACUCCACCGCGACCCAACCGUCUUUGAUGUCCAGCACACAGAAAAUCCACCGUCACAGAACCGGAAAGAAACAAAAGCUUUCAGGAAGCCCAGACCGGCUCUUCCAGGAAGGAAGUUAAAGCAGCACCGUCAUCCUGACAAAGUACUUGUUCCCUGGAAAAAACCUGAACAGAAGCCACCUGAGGAGAAACAGGAAACCAGAGUCACCACCGUACAGAAAAAGGUGCAGUUUUCUCCUGUAGUCCAGGUCCACGUCAUGCGUACCUGGCCGUUCGCCCGUCAGGCCACCCGCAAAGGACACUGGGAGGAAAUGGCGCGAGACCGCGACCGCUUCCGGAGGCGGAUCGAGGAGACGGAGCAGGCGGUGGGCCGCUGCUUGACCCCGGCCCACAGACAGAAGAUGUGGGCCCACCUGGAAGAGAGCAAGGGUCCUGAACACUGAACGUUUCAUUUCCUCUGUGAAUGAGAACUUGUGAUUGGUUGCAAUGCAACAGUGAUUUUGAUUUAGGCCAAUUAGAAGUUUGACAUGUUAGGCCAUUUGUAAAUGUUUUGGUGUAGAGUUGAGCAACUUUGUACCUCAGAAGGUUUUCUACAUUGUGUAAGUGUUGCACUGACUGACACACAUAUUAACCUCAGCAUUCAUGUGUGGAAUGUUGUUUUUGUAUGCCUUAUUAUACACUGACCUAGUAAUGUAACUUAUUAUUGCCCUAUGGAGCCUGUUGUUUAUUUUUUUACUGAUAAUUUAAAGAGUUUUUACGUGUUCUUUUUCCAUGUUUUGAAGAAAUCAAUUUAGAGUCUAGAAGUUUAAAUAGAAAAUACUAAUUUAAAAAAAAGCAGAGCUUGAAGUGUUUUAGGAAAAAAAAACCUGAUUAACCAUGAUGAAAACUCAUUUAGUACAGGUGCAAUUCUUGUAAAAUUAAAUUAUUUUAUUCCUUUAUGUACUUUUUUCAUCCUGUGUUUUUUAUAUUAUGACACAUUUGUACGCUUUCAGUACCAAAUGUGGAAAAACAAGCACGCUGAUGAUUCUGGCUGUUUAAAUUAAACAUUUUGAUCAAUGUGACUCCCUCAGCUUGUCAUGAUAACAUUGUGUGUUCAGAAGUUUGUUAGUGGCAAUCAUUGUUGGUACUUUGUUCAUUUAAUAAAAUUUAUUACACUGUUAA